AUGAAUCCUCGUGUUGUACGACUACCCGUGCGUGCACGAGGUCCUAGUGGUCCUGCUGUCCUCGAGACUGACCUAAUCAACGAGCUCAUAUUUGCACUGAACGGUGUUGGCGGUAAUCUGGUCAAAUUCGAUCCGAUAAACGACGGGUUUUGCCUAGCACCGACUGUGGUCGCUUCUCCUGGUCAGCAUGAUGCGGUACGUCGAAUUGCUGAAUGUGGUUGGUUACAUGACCAAGUACGACGUUACGUACAACACGUGCAGGCGGAUCGAACGUGCGGUGCGGUAGCUCAAAGUUUAGCAUCCGGAUUGCAUGAACAUUUGACCGAAUACUAUCGACUGAUUGCCACUCUUGAAAGUCAACGUGGUGCGGAUGGUUCAGGCGAUUCAACCAGUCGUACAGAUCUCUCAGUGCCGGUUCCACCACCACCACCUUCGUCCGACUCGACGCUAGAAAUGUCUAUGGGUCGACUUGGUCUCAAUCUGGACGAGACUGGCAAACUAGCGCCGACAAAUCAGGAACUUACUCUAACCCGCCUUGCCUUAUGGACCCAAGAACCGCGGUUCCGUUUACGCUUCUUGGCCAGUUUGUGCGAGGCAUGCAGCGACAAGCGUGGUGGUGCAUUGGCCUCAGAACUCUACGCCUAUACACUGCACGGGGAUCCAGAGGUGGUGUCUAUGAUGCGUUAUUUACUGAAAAAUGUAUCCGAGACUAUUUUGCAUUUGAUCAGUAUGUGGAUAUACGAUGGUCAAUUGGAUGACCCAUGUCAGGAAUUCUUUGUUGCUUGCAAUCCCGGGAUAAAAAAGGAGCGUCUGUGGCAUGAGAAGUACAGUCUUAGACGUCAAAUGAUUCCACGUUUCAUUACUUCCAGUCAAGCUAGCAAGGUUAGUGAGCUGCUUGUUUGUUUCCCUUCACUUUUUGCUUGGUAG